UUGACAGUAUAUUCGAAGCACGCGCUACGUCUUCCCGGACAGAAAACUUUCCCUCGAGUGAAGCUAGCCGCGCUUGUCCGGUAUUAUGAAAGGCGCAGGGAUGAUGAACGGAAAACACAGAUACAGGCAUGCGAAACGUCGGAGAUCAUUCCAGAAGCAAGGGGAUGCACCCAAAGAGGGGAUAGAAAAGGAUCUAUCACCUUCUUCGCCGUCACCAAACCCUAAGCGGAGAAAGAAAUGCCUAGACGCUCCAGGCACGAGGCGUUCUAGCUUUCUCGAGAAGCUGAGACUUAGGUUAUCUGGUGGACAUUUUAGAAUGCUCAAUGAAAAGAUGUACACAUGCAGUGGUAAUGAGGCAUUCCACUUCUUCAAGAAGGAACCCAAACUUUUUGAUCUGUACCAUGCAGGAUAUCAAGAACAAAUGUCAAGAUGGCCUGAACAACCGGUUAACAUUAUCAUUAAAUGGCUCAAAAGUCAUAGUUCUUCCUUAGUUGUUGCUGAUUUUGGCUGCGGGAAUGCAAGCCUUGCGAGAACUGUGAACAAUAAAGUUUUCUCUAUUGAUCUUGUCUCAACCGACCCAUCAGUGAUUGCUUGUGACAUGUCUAAUACUCCACUGGAAUCAAAAUCUGUUGAUGUUGCUGUCUUCUGUCUUUCUCUGAUGGGAAUCAACUACCACAGUUACUUGAAGGAAGCAAAUAGGGUCCUCAAGCCAUGUGGCUGGCUUUUGAUAGCAGAAGUAAGAAGCAGGUUUGAUCCAAGCAAUGGAGGUGCUGACCCAGAUAAAUUUUCCGAAGCUGUAAAGCAGCUCGGCUUUUCAUUGAGCUCUAAGGAUUUCACUAACAAAAUGUUUGUUCUCUUUUACUUCAAGAAAAAGGAGGGCUGUGCCUCGAACCAGAAAGCAAUUGAUUGGCCAGAAUUGAAGCCAUGUCUUUAUAAGCGGCGUUGAGCUCCUGAAAUAAUUUUCUGUAUGGUCGUUAAAUUUUUCUCUAUUGUCAAAAAUCAAUUUAUUUUUACAAUAACGACGUCCAUU